AUGUAUCUUCCCAGGCAGCUCAUCUCACAUCUCUACCUCCAACUCCUCCGAUCUCACCAUCCACUUUCCCCGCCCGUCCUAAUUCUCGUGGCCUUGGAGCCAGACGCGCUAUGUGCAUGCCGAAUUCUCACAGCAUUGUUUAAACGCGACUAUAUUCCUCAUAAAAUUCAACCAGUUGCAGGAUAUGGCGACUUGUCGCGUGCGGGGGAGGAACUGGUCCGCCCCAUGCAGACCACCAAUGGCGGCAGCGGAGGUGUAGUUGUCUGUCUCGGAGUCGGGGGUCUGGUUGAUCUGGGCGAAAUACUGUCCUUGAACAGCCCAGAAGAUGAAGUGGAGGAUAUGGGUGGCGUGGAGAUCUGGGUGUUUGACGCGCGACGGCCAUGGAACCUGGGGAACGUCUUUGGCGGACAAGCCGGGCUGAACCAGCCCAUGGAGGAGGUCGAUGCCAAUGCGCGACGGCGAGAGCGUGGCGUGGAAAAAGGCUGCAUCACUUCUUCUUACACGUCAAAAAAUGGCGGCAUUGUUGUGUAUGAUGAUGGAGACAUUGAAGAAGAACUUCACACCGAACGAGAUGCAUAUUACGCGUUGUUGGAGAUGCCGGAAGUGGAUGACGACGAUGCAAGCGAUGAUGGUUCCGAAAAUGAAAUGCCAACGGGGUCGAAAAAGCGCAAAUCUUGGUCGGGCCGUGAAGACGAUGAGGACUCAGGCGGCGAUGAGCCGCCCCAUCAACGGAGGAGAAGCAAUUCGGGCUCUUCUAUAACAUCGUCUCCAACUCGUCGGAAAAAGACCGACAUCAACUCGUCAAACUCGUCGCGAUCUGUGACCCCAACAUCUGACUCUCCGUCCCCACCGGAGACGAAACAACCCUCAGCACGCACUUUAAAGAAACGUUUACUCAGUCUCAAGAGAAAACAUGACUCUGUUUUACAAGCCUACUAUUCGUCUGGAACUUCAUACUCGGAACCAAUCUCGUCUUUGAUCUAUUCUCUGGCAUCGGAACUUGGAAGAGACGACAAUGACCUCUUGUGGCUUGCUAUUGUGGGUGUCUCUAGUCUGGAACUCAGUGGUCGAACGAUGACCGGUGUAGGUAUUUCAAACACGUCAGAAUCCGGCGGCUCAGCAGGUUGGGGUGGCCAGCGUGGUGAACACAUUCGCCAAAUACUUCGCGAUGAAGUGCACCGUCUGAACCCACCUGACACUCAGGAGCGCGAUAUUAGAGCAGAGAUCAACGGAGUCAUUCCAACAACUGCGAGGUCACCAACUGAUACGUCAAUUCGCAUUUCUCCUGAACCUCGUUUUCUCCUGGUACGCCACUGGUCUCUGUAUGAGAGUAUGCUGCACAGCCCUUACCUUGCCCCACGACUACACGUUUGGACAGAGAAUGGCCGCAAGCGACUCCACAAACUUCUGGCUAAAAUGGGUAUCAGCCUGACCCAAUGCCACCAAUAUUAUACCCACAUGGACAUGGAAUUGAAGCGUGUACUACGAAGCCGUUUGCUCAAGUACGCUCCCAUGUACGGGUUAGAUGGACUUGUGCCAGCGGAGGGCUCUUCAAGUGCUAGUGCCCGCGAGGGCUGGGGCUUUGUGCGCUGCUGGGGCUGGAAGGCCUGCCUUUCUGCAACAGAUGUAGGUGUUAUCGUGGGUGCAAUGCUGGAAGUUGGGCCGCACGAGACUUCACCUUCGUGGGAUUCCAGACGCUUGCCCCCAGCACGCACCAACAACGACAACGAAAACGGCAUAUCGGGCGAAUCCGAUCUAGCCAGUUUACUCCCUCGAUUUUGGAGCGCGUAUGACGCCCUUUCGUUGACAUCCGAGUCUCCCACAAUCCUUCUGGAGUCUCUGCCUCUGGCUCAGCAUCUACACCGUGCUAUCCUCCGCACUGGUACAUCCUUGCUCUCCAAGCAUCAGAUUCGUCACCUGCGCGCAUUCCGCAUUGCCGUGGUCAAAGAUGGACCUGAUGUCAAACUCUUCGCAAAUCCCGGUGCCCUGACGAAAUUGGCACUAUGGAUUGCUGAGGCAAUUCGAGUCCAAGAGAAAGAUCGGGGUGAUUCCGUCAAGAUCGGUCGCAAGAGAGCAGCAGGAACUCCUCUUGUCCUUGCUGGUCUUGAUGAAGAUCGUGAUCUCUAUGUAGUGGUUGGUACUGGUGGUGGCGGUGGUGUUAUUGACUUCGCUGCUAUGUCCAAGCGCCAGGAGGAGCGCAAGAAGAAGAAGGAACUCAAGGAUAAAAAGCAGAAGGAGCGGGCAGAUCGCCGGUCUAAGAAAGCUGCCGAACGUGCCGAGCGAGAAGACGACACUGGGGCUGAGGACGAAGAGUCGGAGGAGUCUGAGUCCUCAGAUUCGGAUUCGGAAUCCGACGAAGAGGAAGAUCCUCGUGGGAGGAAGCAUCUGCUCCGCAAUCGCUUUGGAAUUGCCUUCCAAGAGGUCGUUCAAGAGACAAAUGCCCGUGUCCGCAUUGAUAGCUUUGAACACUGUGUUGUCGAGGUCCAGAAGGAUGACCUCGGUGGCUUCCUCGAAGCUCUGAGCUUCCGCAGUGUGGUGGGCUAA